UUUGGUGAGAUUCCAGAUGUGUGUGAAUGGCCAAAAACCCUGAAAUAUUUGAAUCUCUCCAGCACUCAAAUUCCCAAACUAACGACUUGCAUUCCCCCAACGCUGGAAGUUUUGGACGUUAGCGCUAACAACCUGAGGGAGUUUGGACUGCAGCUCCCGUUUCUGAAGGAGCUGUACCUCACAAAAAACCAGCUGAAGACCUUGCCUGGUGCCGCACCUGUUCCCAACUUAGUGGCCAUGUCAGUCAGAAGAAACAAGCUCAACAGUUUCUCCAAGGAAGAGUUUGAGUCCUUCAAGAAAAUGGAGCUGCUGGAUGCCAGCGACAACAACUUCAUCUGCUCCUGUGAAUUCCUCUCCUUUAUCCACCACCAGGCCGGGAUAGCCCAGGUGCUGGUGGGGUGGCCAGACAAGUACGUCUGUGACUCUCCCCUGGCAGUGAGAGGGGCGCAGGUUGGAGCCGUGCACUUCUCCCUGAUGGAGUGCCACAGGUCCAUGGUGGUGUCGUUGAUCUGCGUCCUGGUGUUCCUGGUCAUCCUCACCCUCGUGGUUGUCGGCUACAAGUACCACGCGGUCUGGUACCUGAGAAUGACCUGGGCAUGGCUCCAAGCCAAGCGGAAGCCCAAGCGAGCCCCCCCAAAGGACAUCUGCUACGAUGCUUUUGUCUCCUACAGCGAGAAUGACUCCGACUGGGUGGAGAACAUAAUGGUGCGGGAGCUGGAGCAGGCCUGCCCCCCGUUUCGGCUCUGCCUCCAUAAGCGGGACUUUGUGCCCGGGAAGUGGAUCGUGGACAACAUCAUCGACUCCAUAGAGAAGAGCCGCAAAACUCUGUUUGUGCUGUCUGAGCACUUUGUGCAGAGCGAGUGGUGCAAAUACGAGCUGGACUUCUCGCACUUCCGCCUCUUUGACGAGAACAACGACACAGCGAUUCUUGUCCUCCUGGAGCCCAUCCAGAGCAAAACGAUUCCCAAGAGAUUCUGCAAGCUGCGGAAGAUCAUGAACACAAAGACCUACCUGGAGUGGCCUCCUGAUGAAGAGCAGCAG